GGAGAUUGUGGAGCGCAUCAGAAGUACACACAGUUACGGAAUCGCGGCAAGGAGCCACUUCCGCCCACACGAAAAAUGGCGGCUCCCUUGAUGGAGAAAAUAUCGGAAUCUUUAGGUUCCACAGAACCAGCGCUUCGACUCAUUCUGUCCGUUCUAAGUGGGUACCCCUGCGCCCUCUUAUAUCGACGGUUCCUCUUCUACCAGUCCCCUUUUGUCCUUCACCUGUUCCACACAGUAUCCGGACUUGGAUUUGCAGCUUUUAACUUUGGUCCUCAGCUCUAUCACUCUGCAGUAUGCAUCUUAGUCCAGUUCCUGAUGCUGAGGCUCAUGGGAAGGACAAUAACAGCCAUCCUCAGCAGCUUUGUGUUUCAAAUGGUUUACCUGCUGGCUGGUUAUUACUACACUGCUACAGAGGAGUAUGACAUCAAAUGGACCAUGCCCCAUUGUGUUCUCGCGCUCAAACUUAUUGGUUUGUCAUUUGAUUACUAUGACGGGGGGAAGGAACCAUCCGAGCUGAAUCCAGAGCAGCAGAAGUCGUCCCUGUCGUCUGUCCCCUCCCUCCUAGAGAUGUACGGCUUCGCCUAUUUCUACGGAGGCUUCCUGGUGGGGCCCCAGUUCACGCUGCGCAGCUACCAGAGGCUGGUGGCAGGGGAGCUGACUGACUGCCCCGGACAGCCCCCCAACAGUAUUCUACCUGCUAUGAAGCGGUUUUCCUUGGGCCUCCUCUGCCUGGGUAUCUUCAUGAUAUUCAGCCCGUACUACUCAGACAGCUACUUCCUCGAAGAUGAGUACGAGGCUCAGCCCUUCUGGUAUCGCUGCUUGUUCAUCCUGCUCUGGGCUAAAGUCAUCCUCUACAAAUAUGUCAGCUGCUGGGUCAUCGCGGAAGGGGUGUGCGUACUGUCUGGACUCGGCUACAACGGGCUGGGUUCCAACGGGGAGCACAAAUGGGACGCCUGCGCUAACAUGAAGGUGUGGCAGUUCGAGACCACGCCCCUUUUCACAGGCACCAUCGCCUCGUUCAACAUCAACACUAACGCCUGGGUUGCCAGGCACAUUUUCAAGCGGUUGAAGUUCCUGGGAAACAAGGUCAUGUCUCAGAUGGCGACUCUGCUCUUCCUGGCCCUGUGGCACGGACUGCACUCGGGGUACAUCCUCUGUUUCUCCAUGGAGUUCAUCAUCGUUAACGUGGAAAGACAGUACCAAGCUCUGGUGAAGGACAGCCCCCUGCUCACUAAACUGGCUCAAGGCCCCUUUUACCCGCUUAUCUACGUCGCCCAGCAGUUCAUUCACUGGCUGUUCAUGGGCUACCCUCUGGUGCCAUUCUGUCUCUUUACAUACGACAAAUGGCUCAAGGUGUACUCGUCCGUGUAUUUCUGUGGUCAUGUGUUCUUCUUAUCAAUCUACAUGGCCUUGCCGUACCUGCGCAAGGUUCUGGUGCCGAGGAAAGAACAGAGUGAGAAAAAGGAGGACUAAAACUUGAUAUGGUUUAUAAGAAUGAAUAACCACACCCUCAUGAUGUGACAGAAGGGAACAGAUCUGAACAUAUUUUAAGGCCUUUAGUAAUAUAUAUUAUAUGUUCGUGUACAAAUGUUUUCUUUUGAUAUAUUUUUGUGCUUUGGACGAGAGGGGCAUUUUAGCUAUCGGAGGACAAAAGGAUGCAGGAAAAUGAUCGUUGUGUCACAUGGGUAAAUGUGAGCCGAUCAGGGACUUCCUGUUUAUUUUUAUUUUAUACCUAUUUUUAUUUUAUUUUUUUGACAUGUUGGAGGGGUUACACUGAACUUGAGAGACUGCAGCAUUGUGUACACAGAAUUGCACUCGCCAUUCGUGGGUUUCGGUUUUGCCGAUGGCUCUGUUUUAUUAUCGCGUCCUUUUUCAACCCU